AUGGCUGCUAGUGAGCCGAUCGAUAUUACUCCUAAUAAGGAUGGAGGUAUCCUGAAAACAAUUAAGAAAGAAGGAACUGGAUCAGCUAAGCCGACUCCCGGAACAACUGUUAAGGUACACUAUGUGGGAACGUUGGAAAAUGGUGAAACUUUCGACUCAAGUCGCGAGCGAGGUACCGAGUUUGAAUUUCUGUUGAGUCGUGGACAGGUCAUCAGGGGAUGGGACAUUGGUGUAGCUACAAUGAAGAAAGGUGAGAUUGCCGACUUCAAAAUUCGAUCAGAUUAUGGAUACGGAGAAAGUGGAAGUAUGCCGAAAAUUCCACCAAAUGCCACAUUGAAUUUUGAGGUGGAGCUCAUUGAUUGGUCAGCUGAAGAUAUUUCGCCGAACCGUGAUGGAACAAUCUUACGUUCAGUUAUUGUUGAAGGAGAAAAAUUGGCAAAUCCAAGUGAAACAAGUCCUGUUGAUGUCCAUGCUGUUGGUUCAUAUGAAGGUCGAGUUUUCUACGAUAAGGAGGUCACAUUUGUUCUGGGAGAAGGUUCAGAGGUAGGACUUCCUGAAGGUGUCGACCGAGCUUUGCGCCGCUUCUGUCGAGGGGAAAAAUCUACAAUACGUUUAUCCGGAACGAAGAACACUUACGGUUCUAACCCUCCGCCGGAGUAUAACCUACCUCCAAAUGCCACUAUUGAAUUCACUAUUUUCCUGAAAAGUUUUGAAAAAGUGCCUGCGCUAUGGGAGAUGACGGCAGAAAAGAAGCUCGAAGAGGCUACGCUGGCUAAAGAACGCGGCACAGCAUUUUUGAAACAAAAUAAGCUCAAGCUUGCUUAUAAUAAAUACAAGCGAAUUGAGGAUAUUCUGGAAUUUGAAAAGAGCAUGGACCCCGAACAGAAGAAGACUCGUGACGAUUUGAUGCUUGCCGCUUAUUUGAACCUCUCCUUAACGGCAUCGAAAAUGGGAGAAAUGUUGGACUGCAUCAAGUACUGCGAUAAGACUCGUGACGAUUUGAUGCUUGCCGCUUAUUUGAACCUCUCCUUAACGGCAUCGAAAAUGGGAGAGAUGUUGGACUGCAUCAAGUACUGCGAUAAGGCACUCGAGCUCUCGCCCAGCAAUGUAAAAGCUCUUUAUCGUAAGGCUGGCGCAAGAGCAGCUCUAUCCGAUUUCGAUGAAGCAAAAAAGAUGUAUGAGAGGAUCCUGGAGGUCGAUCCAGAAAACAAAGCUGCUGCUCAGCAGAUUCUUGUCGUUCGCCAGAUGAUGAAAGAACAGUUGGAGCGUGAUAAGAAGCGAUAUAAAAACCUCUUCUCGAAAAUCUCCGAUGUGACAGAGGUAUUUUAG